GUGGUUGGCGGCGCGCGGGCUCUCGGAGGGACCGGUUGGCUCUGCAGCCUGCAGGAUGGUGGGCGGUGGCGCGAAGCGUGGACUCCGCGGAGAGGGGCCGCAGUGUGAAAAACCGGUCGAUGUGAAGAAGAGUAAGUCCUGUGAAGCUGACGUGCCCAGUGACCUUCGAAAAGAGGUGGAAAGCCAUUACAGGCUUCCUCUGCCUGAAGAUUUCUACCACUUCUGGAGGUUCUGUGAAGGACUUGACCCUGAACAGCCAGCUGAUUCGCUAUCUGCAAGCCUUGGACUUCGAUUAGUGGGUCCUUAUGAUAUCCUUGCCGGAAAACAUAAAAUAAAGAAAAAGUCAGCAAGCUUGAAUUUUAAUCUUCACUGGAGAUUUUACUAUGAUCCUCCUGAGUUCCAGACCAUUAUUAUUGGAGACAGUGAAACUCAAUUCCACAUGGGGUAUUUCAGGGAUUCUCCUGAUGAACUUCCUGUAUUUGUCGGUACAAACGAAGCAAAGAAAAAUUGUAUAAUUGUUCAAAGUGGAGAUAAUGUGUUUGCUGCAGUCAAAUUAUUUUUGAUGAAAAAACUUAAAGAAGUAACAGAUAAGAAGAAAACUAGUCUCUUGAAAACCAUAGAUGAGAAACUCACAGAAGCAGCCAGAGAACUGGGGCUCUCCCUGGAGCAGAGAACCGUGAGGAUGAAGCAGAGAGACAAGAAAGUGGUGACAAAGACCUUUCAUGGAGCAGGCUUGGUUGUCCCAGUGGAUAAAAAUGAUGUUGGAUACAGAGAGCUCCCUGAAACUGACGCCAGCCUCAGGAGAAUCUGCAGGACAAUUGUGGAGGCCCCGAGCGACACCGACAGACUGCAGGCCUUUGCCCCCAUCCAGGAGAUGAUGACCUACGUGCAGUUUGCUAACGAUGAGUGUGACUAUGGGAUGGGGCUGGAGCUGGGGCUGGACCUCUUCUGCCAUGGCUCCCACUAUUUUCAUAAAGUUGCUGGCCAGCUUUUACCUCUGGCAUAUAAUCUGCUGAAGAGGAGUCUCUUUGCGGAAAUUAUUGAAGCUCAUCUGGCAAACAGGAGCCAAGAGGACAUGGACCAGCUCGCAGCAUGAGUGGGGCUGCCUCUCUGGUGUACAGGAUUGCAGAGCUUUAGUGUGAAACAUGUUCUUCAGUUUUUAAGGACUACAGGAAAUAAAUGGAUGGCAACUUUACUUUUCUAAAGCUCUAGUGGCCUGCUUUUCUUUCACAGACAGUUGAGUCACCUGCACGGUGAUGCCCACCUCACCUACGGAAGAGGGGGUUCAGCCCCACUGUCCCCUCCCAACAGCAGGCCAUGCCCAGCGCCUGUGGAUGAGCCCGGAGGACUUGGGUCCCAAGACUAGGGGUUAACAUGAGCUGCAACCACAAGGAUGGGGCCUUGGGGCCCACCCCAGACCCUCCCCAGCUUCAGGUGGACAGCGUUCACCCAGUCCCUGGGGUCCAUUCCUUCCGGCACUGCCCCCAGGGCUCGGCCUGUCAAUACAGCACAGGAGGUGGACACAGUGUGUGCUAACACGCCAGGAGGACUUUGCAUGACAAAGUGCACACUGGGUCUCCAGUGCAGUCCAAGGGGAGCUGUGUUUCACCAGAUGCAGAUCCUUUUAAAACCUGACAAGACAUCCCUCACCUUAAAGACUCAGAGCUCAUAGUCAGAUGCAAAGCAGCAAGCUGUGGAUGGGCCACAGGCCCAUGAGCAGAGCUUCCCCGCUGAAGUCAGCUGGCUCACCCCAAUCUUGUAGGACCAGCUGGGCCUGCCCACGGAACUCUCAAGUUACUGUGUCGCUGCCUCCUGAGUCGCGAGACCUGGAGUCUUCAGGGCGGCAGGAGCAGGACACACUCCCGGGGAGGCCCUGCAGUCAGAUGAGCCUCCAAAUGGACGUGUGCCUGGUGAAUGAACACGGUGCCCCUCACUUGGUGCCAGGGGGAGUCUCUCCCGCACUGCCAGGGGAAUGCCCUGAAGACACGCCCGCCAGUCACAACUCCUCUCAGCUGCAGCCCAUGUCCGGCCGCUGAGACACAGCAGAUGGGGCCUCAGUCCCAUCCAGGAUUGGCCCGCGCUGACAGAGGGCCCAGGCUCUGAUGCAGUCCCUUCCCUGAGCUCUACCUGCAGGUCCCAGGCGCGUCUGAAGGCCAGGCGCGUCAUAUUAAAAACCCGACACUGUAUAGGGUGUUAAAACAUAGUCUAACCUUUGAAGCAGCACUUGAGCUCUUUCCACAGAUUUAAUUUCUAAGGUCCUUGUUAAUAUUACAGAAGUAUUUAGAAAUAGUUAAUGCAUUUACCUUAAUCUCAAGUGUACCUUCCAUUAAAACAACACAAGCUGGCUACAAAUUCUCGAUUCCUUUAACCGUGCUACUU